CACACACACACACACACUAUAAUCUGAUUAGCAGCGGUGUCUGCCAGCAUGCGUCUGUGUGUGUCCAUUUGUAUCUGUGCCUUCGUGCAUUUGUCUCCUUGUGUGAUUGAACACACAGCGAGGAUUAGCAGCAGAGUCUGAGGCACAAGCCGAGUUUUGGACUCUAGCGUUUCCUGAUUCUUUGGCUUGGUCAUGGUCAGCUGCUUUACCCACCAUGCCUGUGUUUUACUCACCUGUUCCAGAGAACCUGCAGUUGGGCCUGAGCUACAUGGGAGGCUCAGUGUUCACCAACAACAGGACGGCAGACAGCGACUUCAGCAGGGAGCAGGAGGACGCCAAUGUGGUCAACGAGCUUGUUUCUCAUCUUCCCCUGCAGAUGAUGCUCUACUUCAACAUGUUCUAUUUUCCCUGCUGGUGGUUUUCUGCUGUUUUCAUGUUGGAAGUGAAGUUCUAUUAUCUUCCGGGGUACUACCAGGCUCUGCUCAUCACUGGUAUGAUCCUCCUCACAGUCAUUGAGGUGGUCCGGCUUUAUCUCGGCUACAUUGGCAACCUUAAAGAGAAGGUGCCAGAGCUAGCAGCUUUCUGGCUCCUGUCUUUCUUGUUCCAGCUGCCAGUGCUGCUGUUCUUCGUGACUGAUGAAGGAAUUAUCAUCCUGCCACUGGAGAGAGCUGUCCACUCCCUCUACCUCCUCUUCCUAUUUGCAGAGAUCCUGGCCUCUUUCCUGGCGCUGAGGACCAUGACACGAAAACUCACCCUGCUCUUCCAUCUGCGCCAGUUUGGCAAGGUGCAGAGCUUUCAGCAUGCAGGGAUGAGCCCUGUGUAUGGGAUUCCAUACCAUCGCAGCGUGCUGCCUGUUUCAUCAGCACAUGAUAUGUUCAACUAAAGCAUAAAUAUCCUGUCUCAACUUGUAUUGUUAGAUAUUUAAAAUGUGAGACGUCUUUAGCAUUCAUAUUUACUGUACUUUUGUUUACUUCCGGCCCCUACAACUGCAUUUUGAGGUGUAAAGUAGCUAUUGCUCCCAGAAUACUUCUCAACAACUCCAUGAGAAUGAAAGCUAAUGUUUUACCUGAAAUUAAUUGUGCUAUUUUGAACAUAUAAAUACAGCCAUCAUAAUGGUGUCACUGUGUUUGUAUGUGACUAUACUGCAUUUUGUUCAGGAGAACUCAAGAUUCAAGGUUCAAUGUUUCUUUAUUGGUACCUAGAAAGGUAGAUUUGUUGUGCAAAGAGGAGAUUCAGCAUUCCAAUAGAUACAUACAAUACAAAUUCAAGGUUAAAAAGAGCAGACAGAACACAUUAGAACCAAUAUCAUUGAUUAUAUCAGGUUAUGGCAAAGUCCCACUCAAAACCUGUGUAGACAUUCAGAGAAAUUAGCAACCUCUUGAAAAUGUAAUUUUUUUUUGAGAUUCCAUUACUAAUUCAGAAACAACCAUAAGUCAGGAAGGCCAUGAGCAUUUUUUAAAUCCUAUAUGAAGACAUUUUACUGAGAAUACUCUCAACUCUACAAUCCUGCAACAUAUAUUUUCAUUUACACAUAAACUUCUCAUGACAUUCCUACCUGAUCGGUUUGUGCACUUUUGAAGUUAAGGACAAACCUGUCACAGUCCUACAGGGAAGUCGGCGAAUAUGUGAAUGUACAGAAAUUGUGCAUGUUGGUGCUGAGAAGUCUGUAUUACCAUAUAAACACUUACGGACUUAAGAUUUGGACAUCCAUGAUCACUAACGUCCUUAGUGGAAAUGCAUCUUAAACCCGGCAUUCAGCUGAUUUCUGAUCCAUUGAAAAAUUGUGUGUGCAUGGGAAAUUGCUCUUAAUGUGUACAUCCCUCUAGUCUGGACAGCAACUCAAAAUUUUGGAGAAGAUUUUGGUAGCAGACUUGCGUUGUAGACAGACUAUACAUUAUAUUACGCAGGAACAUGAGAUACAACGUACACGUUGGAUUGAUAAUCGAAACACUAUCAUUUAUUUGUACAUUGUUUACCUACGAGCAAAUAAAUAAAACAAAAUGCAAAAUUA